AUGCUACCAUCAGCUUUCACCCUCAUCGCCGCUUUCCUCCCUCUCCUCGCUCUGACAUCAGCGUCCUCUCACGCACCUCAUCCUCCCCAUGUCCGACAUCGUCGUAUUGGCAAUGUUGUUCGACAUAUCAGAGAUGGAGAAACCGUUCCUCGAGCUGCCGCUGCUCCUAGGGACAAUGCAGGUCACGCCGAAGCCAAGAGGAUCAUCAAAAAGAGUGUGAAGAAGCGAGGUCAAAAAUGUCGACCCCGUCAAGCAGCUUCUUCCUCUCUUGCACCUGCUUCUUCCUCGGCAUCUGCGUCUGCGUCUGCGGUUACCGCUACCUCUACGACUGCCGCUUCUCAACCAGACAACAAUCAGGCUUGGGGUCAUCUUCCUUCCUCCCAAGGUGGUGAUGACUGGACAGCGACCUCUGCAAACUCUGUCACCACAACAUCUACUUCUUCCUGGGCUGCCGCUAGCACCUCUGCUUCCAACUCUGGUGGUUCAGGGGGUGGUUCAACAUCCAAUUACGGAAUCCUGUCUAUGACUGAUGGCACUUGUGGUUAUUCCAACGCUGAUGGAAGCGCUCCCAACGGUGCCGAAGGAUGGCUCAAUUGCGGUGUUGAUGGUGGUGGCUGGACCCCUCCUAUGGUCACCGCCGAGCAACUUAUCGCCGCUGAGCUUUCUGCGGAUGGCAUCUUUGCUCCUUGCGGACCUUAUAUUGACAAAUUUAACCAGUAUGCUGCUCAAUAUGGGAUCAAGGGUAUUAUGCUUGCCUCUUUCGCUAUGCAAGAAUCCACUUGCAAUCCCGCGGCCACUGGUGGCAACGGUGAAGCAGGAUUGAUGCAAUUAGCUUCGGUGAAUUGCGGUGGUGCACCUGGUGGAAACUGUUACGAUAUCGACUUCAACAUCCAACGUGCUGCUGAACUUUUCACCAAUCUCAUUGAUGCCAAUGGCGGUAAUGUUUUGCUGGCCAUCGGAUCUUAUAACGGUUGGUCGAAAGGACUAACUGUUGGCGCUGCUACUGCUGCUGCCGGUGAAGGCCGAUGUGCUGCACAGAACAACCUUGACUACAUCCAUCAAUACUGUAACGGAUGGAUGCAGGGCAAGAGCGGUUAUGAGCUCGGUACAUACUUCAACCUCAAACAUUGUUGA